UGUUGACUGUGAAAACGAAAGUAAAAUACCGUGAGAGCUGCCAUCGAACUAUUGUUUGGGAGUCAUUUUCAUUUAGUAACGGGGGAAACAAUAGGCUUUAAAGUUUGCUGUGAAUAAUGGCUGAAAUAAGUCGGGAUACCUAUGAAGGUUCAAGUGGGCCAGUUUCAAAGACAGAAGAUUCAGACAGUGAUAUAGAUAUAGGUAGCCUCCUUGAGAUUGAUUCUACAAAGAAAAAAGGUUGGGAUGACAAACAGAAGCUGAUUAAAAUUUGUCAAAAAGAGGUUGGUACAAUAUCAAGUGGAAAACGUCCAUUGAAUAUUGCAAUUAUUGGAUCACAUGGAUGUGGAAAAUCAUCUCUUCUUAAUACUAUAUUUGCCAGCUUUAGUGAUGAAAAAUGGAAAGAACUAGCAGCACAUGGGAGCUACGGUGGAUUGGGGAAACAGAUUUCACAAAAAUUGAUUAGUUUUAAAAAAGAGAAAUACUACUCUAGGAAGGGAUCAAACGAUGAUGAGGAUGAUGAAAUCUUAAUGCCAACAUUUAUUGAUAUGAAAGGCUUUGAAGACCAGAACGAUGAGUUUACAAAAGAGAUACUCAAUAUUAUUUUUUAUGGAAGGAUGCAAGAAUUUGAAAAAUUAUCUGAUGUUUUAACCCACUACCAAAAUUAUGGCUUAAAUGGUUUAAAGGCGAAAUAUAGAGAUGGCAAAGAAUAUUUAGUGAUAGACCGAAUUAUAUUUGUGUGUUCAGGAGAUCCUAUGACUACACUUCCAACACAGUUAAUGGCAAGUGUGAGUGAGGUAGCACAUGGUUUAAGAGGUAUUCCAAUAUUUGGUGUUAUGACAAAAUGUGACAAGUUCAAUGGAAGACACAAUCCAGAAAUAGAGAAAAGAGAAACAGAAUUCAGAAAACAUCUUGGAAUACCAAAUAAUCGCUUUGCCAGGAUUAAGAAUUAUUGUGAAGAUAUAGAUAAAGAGAUGGCUUAUAUGUUUUCUGUCAUACCACAGAUUGAUGUUCGUGUUCUUAAACUAAUGACACAGGUUUUCAGUAAUGCCUUAGAAGUAACAAACCCUGAAGCCCGUCUAGAAUAUCUCGCUCCAGAAACAGAUUUACCAGGUGAAACUAAAGAAGGGGCAAAGCCAGUUCCACCCUCAAGAAAUAAACUACCAGCAUCAUCUGGACUUGGCUUUGCAAGCUUAUUGCUUCUAAUCACCAUCCAAGUGCUGUUCAUGGCUGUACUUCUUCAUUUUUGCAUGAAGCCAGUUAUAUCAGAGGAAAAACUCAACACGAUCUGUGCAAACUACGACUUCAUUAAGUCAAAACAUGAUGCUACCAUUGAUGGCCUCAACGAGUUAUGUGACAAUAAAGUGGACAUUUUGAAACCUCCAAUUUAUCUGCUGGGUGGAGCGAUAGUGUUUGUUAUUGUUGUUCUUCCGAUCGUGCUUUAUUCUUUCUUAGCUAAAAAAUAGAAAUUAGUGAACUUUUAUUAUACCUUCACAAUGACGAUCUUUCCAGGAUUUUUUAAAUAGCUUACAACAUGUAUUAAAGAGUUGAUGAUAGGGAAAAUCUUAACACUUGAAUUUUAACAGCUGUUGAAAAAGAAUUUAUUUUGAACUAUUAAUCUCAAUUCCAAUAAAAAAAAACAUGAAACAUCUAUUAAUGCAUAUAGUAUAGUAUUUGUUCUUUAAGGAUGUUUUCCGCUCAGUUUCAAAAUAUAUAACUUUCCUUAAAACUAACAUAUAUUGAAAGGGGAUUUAUUGAAGAAUUAAAAAAGCCAAAAAAAAUAUAGGUGUCAAUGUGCUUGUUUUCUAGAUAUUAGCCAUUUGAAUUUUGGCGGGAAAAUGUUCUCUUUUGAUUUUUCAUAGCUUUAUCAUUGACCAGUUAAAGUGCUCAAAAACUAUUAAAAAAUAAAAUAAAUAAGAUUUUAUCAGACUUAGAAAUGGCUUAUUAUUAUACAUGUAAAAGAUUUAUAAAAAGAAAGAUGGGGGUUCAUGGGCAAAACUUUUUAAGGCAUUCCAAUGGAUAAAACCAGAGGAUUUCGAAAAUCUGACAAAAAUUAAAAAACAUGACAAGUAAACAACCUUAAAUUCAGAUUUGUGGGUGCACUAUUUUGGGGGAUUGUUGAGCAAUGAUCAAAACAUGAGCUUACUAAUUUGCAAUUACAGGAAACACUGUAGAGAUAUGUUAUCUAAUUUUUUGGGAAACAUAAUCCAUUAGCAAUUUUUCAAUUUUAAAAAACAUUGCAAUUAUUGUUAAAUUUACAAUAGUUAUUGAAUUGUCUCUGUUGUGUUAAAAUAUGGAAAAUAUAUGGCAAAAUAAGACCUUUUAAAAAGUUUAGCCAAAAUAUUCUUGAUCAUUUUGUUUUAAAAAAGACUAUGGAAGCACUUAAUAAUCAACAACAAUAUCUAUAUGCCUGAAUAUAUUAUGUCUUUAAUAUAGUUUUAAAUGUUUGUGAUGACCAUAUGACUACAAAUAAAGAUGUCAAAAGCUGUUUUAACAAUGUUCUGCAAUAUGCCUUUUAGAACAUGUUUAAUAUAAUCAUUAUUUAUUGGAGUAAAUGUAUAGAUGUAUUUGAAAGAGUUCUUGAAAAUAAGUGUCUAACCCCUAUAAAUGCAUAAAUGGGAAGAACUCAAGUUUUAAAAAAUAAUAAUUGGACAUUAACAUUCCAAUAACUUAUGAUUUGUAAUUUGUUCCUAAAUUUUUUAGAAAUCACAUAAAACAAUUUUUAUUUUUGAAUUGAAUAAAAGCUUCUUUUUAUAAUAUUAUUGGGUUGUAAAAGCAUUGAAAUUGUAUCAUGAAUUACAUUUUGUUUGCAGAGCUUUACAACAGGUUGCACAUGAUCAAUGCGUUUUAAUUAUUCUAAAAUUAAAUUGAAAGUUGAUUCUUAUAAUUACUUUUACAUUCUAUAACAAUGAAAUAACUAGAAAUGUCAAGUUGUUUGUUUGUUUUCCAAUGCAUUGUUGUGAUUUUUUGGUGGGAAGCACAUGUAUUUAUGAAUGUUGCAUUUUUCUUGAGAAAUAGAAUAUGUGUCAAAAAAACAAAUUUCUAUGAAACAUACAUUUUAUAUAAUUAUUAUGAAAUGGAAUGAUAAAUGACAUGAAUAAUAUUUAUUUACUAUUUUGUUUACUUAUCAUGCUUAUUGAACUGAUUAUUUAAAGUUACCAUCAAGAACUAGCACACUUAGGUGUUAAAAGAUGUCUCAAACACCAAACAAUCAAUCAAUGUAUAAGUGUUGAUGAACAAGACAAAAUCAAAAGGUAUAUGUUUUUUCAAUAUAGGGUAAAGUGAAAACGUGAUACUAAUUUCUUAUUUUUUUUAUAUCUAUAUUUAUGAUAGCAUAUGUAUUAUACAAUUUUUAUAUGUUGAAGGAUUCCAUUUAAAACAUGUGCUCUUAUAGCCUAGAGUUUUCUCCCAGUACAGUGCAGUUAACUUAUAUAAAUGCAGUGGAGUUAUCAAAUUGUCAUUAGUUAUAAAAUAAUUCAGGGCUCACCACACUAGCCGAAAUGUGUGACUAUGUCUCCUUAGAUUUACUCAUUUUGCUCUAGAGAAGCUCCAGGGAGAAAUUGAUGUUGCCCUAAAUUUCAGAAAAAAAUCCCCAAUGUCACCUCAUCAGCUAUACUUUUAACAUUUAACAAUGAAUGGACUUCUCUUAUUAAUGCAUUAAUAUUUAAAACUAAAUACCUUUAUGAAGUAUCAUUGGAAGUUUCUUAGCAGUACCUGUAUAUGAUUAAUCUCCUUUCCUCAAAAUUAAAUGUUUCUCUUGGUUCUCCUUAAAAAGAUGAAUAGAAAGCAAGUUUGAAAUGCUUUACUUUAAAGUACAGGUAAAAAGUUAGGUCCAAGUUUACAUACUGCAAUUUAAAUACAUAAUUAUUUGACUUUUUGCUCAGUAUUCAUGAUACUUUAGCAUUUCUUUUUAUGUUGGCAUCAGAAUUAAGGUUGGAAUGUUAUUCUUAUCGUUUCACUAAGCUCAUCAGUCUUUUGUUCUGUCAUGUAUUUGUAAAUAUAAUAUAGCCAUUCUUUAUUAUUUUUAAGCAGAAUUUAAUAACCAGUUCCUCAUUGUAUAUACCUUUGUUUUUUCAUUGAUUUUCAAAUUGAAUUUGCUGUUUCUCUGUUUGUGUGAAUGCAUUUUAAGAAGUAAAAGAGGGAUUGCUAGUCAGCACAGAAUAAAAUGUCUGGGUGCAGAAACAUUGUAUUCCUGUGGAUUCAGUUACCGUUUGAAUUAAAUUAUUAAAAGCUGGCUCACGUGUCAAUUAAAUCAAAAGCAGGAUUAAUAAUCUUAUCAAAUGAAUAUAUCUUCUCCCUGAAUAUGCACAUAAUUUGCAACUGGACAUUAAUCUGACAAUUAUUUAUUCAUUCAGCAAGUUUGAAUUUGUCAUAAUCUGAAUUAAUCAUUUUAGUAAGUGAAUUUUUAUACGACCGCAAAAUUUGAAAAAAAUUUCGUAGUAUAUUGCUAUCACGUUGGCGUCAUCGUCGUCGUUGUCGUCCGAAUACUUUUAGUUUUCGCACUCUAACUUAAGUAAAAGUGAAUAGAAAUCUAUGAAAUUUUAACACAAGGUUUAUGACCACAAAAGAAAGGUUGGUUUUGAUUUUGGGAGUUUUGGUCCCAACAUUUUAGGAAUUAGGGGCUAAAAAGGGUCCAAAUAAGCAUUUUCUUGGUUUUCGCACUAUAACUGUAGUUUAUGUUAAUAGAAAUCUAUGAAAUUUUGACACAAGGUUUAUGACCACAAAAGAAAGGUUGGGAUUGAUUUUGGGAGUUUUGGUUUCAACAGUUUAGGAAUUAGGGGCCAAAAAAGGGCCCAAAUAAGCAUUAUUCUUGGUUUUCGCACAAUAACUUUAGUUUAAGUAAAUAGAAAUCAAUGAACUUUAAACACAAUGUUUAUGACCACAAAAGGAAGGUUAGUAUUGAUUUUGGGAGUUUAGGUCCCAACAGUUUAGGGAUUAGGGGCCAAAAAGGGACCCAAAAAAGCAUUUUUCUUGGUUUUCGCACCAUAACAUUAGUAUAAGUAAAUAGAAAUCUAUGAAAUUUAAACACAAGGUUAAUGACCAUAAAAGAAAGGUUGGUAUUGAUUUUUCGGAGUUUUGGUCCCAACAGUUUAGCUAGGAAUAAGGGGCCCAAAGGGUCCAAAAUUAAACUUUGUUUGAUUUCAUCAAAAUUGAAUAAUUGGGGUUCUUUGAUAUGCCGAAUCUAACUGUGUAUGUAAAUUCUUAACUUUUGGUCCCGUUUUUAAAUUGGUCCACAUUAAGGUCCAAAGGGUCCAAAAUUAAACUUAGUUUGAUUUUGACAAAAAAUGAAUUGGUUAGGUUCUUUGAUAUGCUGAAUCUAAAAAUGUACUCUGAUUCUUGAUUAUUGGCCCAGUUUUCAAGUUUGUCCAAAUCGGGGUCCAAAAUUAAACUUUGUUUGAUUUCAUCAAAAAUUGAAUAAAUGGGGUUCUUUGAUAUGCCAAAUCUAACUGUGUAUGUAGAUUCUUCAUUUUUGGUCUUGUUUUCAAAUUGGUCUACAUUAAAGUCCAAAGGUUCUCAAAUUAAACUUGUUUGAUUUUAACCAAAAUUGAAAUCUUGGGUUCUUUGAUAUGCUGAAUCCAAACAUGUACUUAGAUUUUUGAUUAUGGGUCCAGUUUUCAAGUUGGUCCAAAUCAGGAUCUAAAAUUAUUAUAUUAAGUAUUGUGCAAUAGCAAGUCUUUUCAAUUGCACAGUAUUGCGCAAUGCCAAGAAAUAUCUAAUUACACAAUAUUGUGAAAUAGCUUUUUUUUUUUAAAUUAGAGUUAUCUUUCUUUGUCCAGAAUAGUAAGCAAGAAAUAUCUAAUUGCACAAUAUUGUGCAAUUGCAAGAAUUUUUUUUAAUUGGAGUUAUCUUUCUUUGUCCAGAAUCAACUUAAAUCUUUGUUAUAUACAGUAUACAAUGUAUAUUCACUUUUUACUACCAACUGAUAAAUUAAAAUAAUCUUUACCAUUCAGUGAUAACAAGCAGAUUUUUUACAUCUUAAUAUUUUAUGAUGUAUUUAAAUGAGUAGUUAUUGUUGCAAACUCCAUCAGAAAUUUUAAUUGAGAUUAGUUUUGGAAUAAGGGAAAGAGGGAUGUGAUUAAAAAAAUUGGGUUCAAUUUUCUCAUUUGAAAUUUCAUGAAUAAAAAGAAAAUUUCUUCAAACAUUUUUUUGAGAGGAUUAAUAUUCAACAGCAUAGUGAAUUGCUGUAAGAGAAAACAAAAAUUUUAAGUUCAUUAGAACACAUUCAUUCUGUGUCAGAAACCUAUGCUGUGUCAACUAUUUAAUCACAAUUCAAAUUUAGAGCUAAAUCCAGCUUGAAUGUUGUGUCUAUACUUGCCCCAACCGUUCAGGGUUCAACCUCUGCGGUGGUAUAAAGCUACACCCUGCAGAGCAUCUGGUUGUAGUUUACUUUACAUAACAAAAUAUAUAUAUUGCAUAUUUUAUCUUAUAUAGUUAUGUCUGUUUAGGUUGUUUACAAGAUUUAAUAUUCAAAAUUAAAAAGAAAUCUCUCACUGUUUGGAAAGAAAAAAAUAUUCAAUGGUGUCACCUACUUUCUUGUGAAAAGUAGUUGUUAUGAGUCUUCUUAUCAUUGCUUUUUUGUGUGUUAAUAACACAGAACCUCAUAACAUGUUAACUAACUUUUUAUAUAGAAGAUCCCUUAUUGUUUGUAAAUUCUGUAAAGUAUAUGGGGUUUUGUGUAAAUUGCAAAUCCCUAAUUAUGCUAAUGAUACUUGUGUACAAAUGUGUAAAAACAUUAUUUAUUCAAUAAAGUAACAUCUCAGAGUUGGUAUGGUCGCAUUUAAAUAUAUUGAUACAACAGAAGAAGAUUUCUCACCUUUUUUUUGCUUUUACUGGUUUUUUGUAUGAAGUAUUUUGUGUUGUUAUACCCCACCUACAAUAGAAAAGGGGCAUUAUGUUUUCUGGUCUAUGGGUCUGUUCGUCCGUACAUUCAUCCCUUCGUACGUUCGUCCCACUUCAGGUUAAAGUAUUUUUCCUAAUUUCACGGUCCACUGAACAUAGAAAAUGAUAAUGCGAGUAGGGCAUCCUUGUACUAUGGACACAUUCGCAUUUACUAUAAUUCAAAGAACAAUAUGUUCAUUAUAAUAAGUCAAAUAUUGUGAUAUGAAUUUACUUAUGUAAUUAAUUAAAAGAUAAGAUGUAUGUGCCUUAAAGAUAAGGAAAAUGUUGUUGUAGAUGCUUGUCAGUAAUCAAAAUGCUAGGGCUCAGAAUGUAUAAAGCUCAUUAUUUGCCCCCUCAAAUAUCAAAAUUAGUUAAGCUCUGAAUUUCAGGCAAAUUUAUAAUUGUUUUAUUGCAUGUUAAAGAAGAUGAUACAAUGUGUACCAAUAUCUACAUAAUUGAUCAUAAUUGUCACUUCAAUUUUAUACACAUGUCAACAUACUCAGAUUUAGUCAAAAAUAGAAACUACAGCGUAUACAAAAAAAAAAGAUGUGUCGUUUUGCCAAGAUUAUUGAGUUGAGUAAUGGUAUUAAAAAAAACAUAAGUCCAUUUGGUGUUUUUUUUUUAAAUUGUUUAGGAGGUAUAUUGGAAUGUAAAUGAAAGUAUCUAUAAUUUCUGAUCAGUGCAAUAAUGAAUUAUGCUGGCAUUAUUACAAGCAAUACUUCCUGAAAGGCAUUUAAAAUGAUAUUUUUGUGUGGAUAAUAUCAUGAUUUAUGUAAUUUAUAAAUGUUAACUAUUUUAAUAUGUGUGUUUAAAAAAAAUAAACAUUGGAUUGAUAAACAAUUGUUAUUUAUUUAAGUUUAAUAAUUUUAAUAUUUAUUUCUUUAUUGACUGUGUAACAAUAUAAUGAUAUGUUUUGUAUAAUUUUAUGCAUUGUUUU